AUGACGCCUGUUUUCGAAGAUCUCCCAUUGGACCCGCAAGGGCCACCAGGAAAUGCUUGGGGCAGAUUCGGAGAUCAAGAUGAACUGGGGACAUUAAACCUGAUCACACCGGAUACUAUUGUUCGUGCGGCAAAGGAGAUCCAGACUGGCGUGCGCAUAUCGCUCGACUGGCUUUUAAGUAUGCCAUCACAUCCGAGUUUCGGCAGGAAGGGCUUUCAGCAGCAGGUUGUGCAUAGGAGCCCAAAUUGCAUCAACGACGACAUCUUGACUUUCAAUACGCAAGGCUCUAGUCAAUGGGAUGGUUUUAGGCACUACGCUCAUCAAAAAUCUCGUCGAUUCUACAACAAUGUAACCCAAGAGGAGAUCGAGUCUUCUGAUGUAAUUGGGCUACACACUGUCGUGGAGGCAGGAGGAAUAACUGGUCGCGGUGUGCUUCUUGACUACGCUCAGUGGGCGAGUAGCAAGAAUCUCGAGAUCCAGCCUCUAUCUUCGACCCCAAUCACGGUUGAAAGUCUCGAGGCUAUGGUUAAAGAUUUCCAAAUCAGCAUUCACCCAGGAGAUAUCCUACUCAUUCGCAGUGGAUUUACGGCUGCGUACAAUGAAUUAAAAGAGCAGGAAAGAAUAGACCUGGCACAGCGACCGUCGCCGGAUUUUAUUGGAGUGGAGGCAACUGAGAAUAUGCUACGAUGGCUCUGGAAGCAUCAAUUCGGAGCAGUAGCUGGGGAUGCGCCCAGCUUUGAGCGAGCACCGAUUCGCGGUCCUCAUGCUGAUCCUCGGUACAACUUGCAUGAAUGGGUCCUUGCCGGCUGGGGCUGUCCUAUUGGCGAGUUGUUUGACCUCGAACGGCUGUCCAAACAUUGUAGGGAAACUGGGAGAUACACUUUUUUCCUCUCGAGCGUGCCACUCAAGGUGCCCGGUGGAGUGGCCAGCCCUCCAAAUGCAAUGGCUGUAUUUUAG